AUGUCACGUGCUACGUCCGACACGGGUUAUGAGGAUCAGUGGUGGAAGACCCCCAUCCAGCUUCAUGACGCUGAAGAUAAGGGAGAGAGGUAUGAAUUGCUUGAAGGCGUACACGACUCACCCAUCACCAGCUACGACGAAGUCGGCGCCUUGGAACCGUUCGAUAAUCCGCGCGUGAAGACAGAUCCCCGCUUCCGGCUUAUUCUCCACUUCAACUGGAAAGCGCAGACGUUACCAGUCAUCAUCGGCGGCUUCCCGUCCAAGUCUGCGCUCUCCUCUUCCUCAAAAUCAGUCACGGAUGUCAUGCACCAACCUCAAUUGCAGCAGUGUAGUCCUCGAGCGCAGAUCGUAAAGAGGAACUACAAGACCCCGACGGUCUUUACCCAUGGCACAGAUGACGGGAUGAUCCCCUGGCAGAUGACGCAGGGCACGUACGAGACGCUUAGCGAGAGCGGAGAGCAGACUGGCGUGGAGUUGCCCGAGAGUGAGGGAUGGAGGGCGACGAGGAGGGGGUUAUGAGUUUCUUUUCGGUUUCUCGGGAUUUUUGGAUCUUGGAUGGGGUUAUUGAUUGACUUGAUGAAUUUCUUUUCAGUGAGAGACGGGAAGGGUUUUAGUUCUGGUGGCUUGACAGCGGCUGGUGGGAUGGGAUAGGAGGACUUUGAUGACUGUCUUUGAUUCGUUGGCGGGUGGUCGGGUUUGACGAAUUUCUCUUCUCAAUAGAAUGGUGGUGGAUGUUCUGAUCAGAUUUGAAUGCGAUCAAUAGAGGGGAGGUAGUUGUUUAGUGGGUUGCUUAGUGGAUUGAACUUUUGAUUUUAAGGGUGAGUAUGGCUUUGUUGACUUGCCUUGCCGAAUCAAAAGUUGGGAUCCACGUGGUACGAAAAGGGGGCAGUGGAACGUGGCAAAAGGGUACGUGAGCUGUGCAGUGAAUUUUAGCAUGAGAUAGCGCCGGAAAGGCGACGAGAUUGAUUAAGGUACGGGUAAUAUGUGCUGG